CCUAAAUCUAAAAUAUCGAGGUGUUACAGUGGUUGCUCUUGCAUCACUGGCAUUGCGGCACCGGAUCCUGUACCGCUCCACCAGAGAUCAUUCCAGUUUUGUAUAACUGCAUGACCAACUUCGAGACAACCUGCACCAAUUCAGAUGACCGGGUGUCUAUGGCAUGCACACCCCGGCCUGGUGCUCUUCUUGACCUCCUCGCAAUCCUCUAAUCAUAACCCUGCUCUGCCAUCUCUUUGAAGAGCUGAUUUAACUGCGAUGGCGUCUUGUUCUAUUCCCACCACACACCGAGUCAAUCAGGUGCUUGUCUUCUGGAAAGAGGGUGUGGUACACCUUGAAACCGUCAUUAAAACCAUGGUUGGGUCACUUCAGGAAGAGGCUGGUAUACCUCUCCCAAGCGUCCCGAAUGGUUUUAUCCUCCUCCUGGGCAAAUUGUGUAAUCUCCUUUUGCAGGUCAGCUAUCUUGGACGGGGGGUGAUAAUGGGUCAAGAACUUGUUGUCCAAGUCAGUGAAGGUCGUGAUGGACCCCAGAGGUCGGUUGUCCAACCACACCUUGGCUUGUCCCUCCAGAGUGAAAGGGAAAUAUCGCAGUUGAAUGGUGUCCUAUGGGACCCCUUUGAUCUUGAUUCCAUCGAUCAACUCAUGGAAUCGCCGCAUGUAAGCUCUGGGAAACUCGCUCGAUUUCCCAUGGAAGACCAUCGAGCCGCGCAGCGCGGUGAUGAUAGAGGUGCUCAUCUUGGAGUUCUUAGCUGAAACUUGAGGGUGCUAGAUGGGUGACCUCAUGUUUGUGGCUCUAGCAGUCCAGUAGUAUACCAUGGUAUGCUCAUCAGGAACAAUGUCCCCGCCAUUGUUGGGUUCUCCCAUGUCGUCUUCCUGGUUGAUGUUCAGCUGCUACAAAGCCUCCUCCGCAGCCAGUCGCACCUUCAAAGCUCGCUUGAACUUACGAGUCUUAGGACAAGUUCGUUCGAGCUCUUGAUCUAACGGAUAUAGCUCUCCCGAGUAGCUACAGGUCAUGCACUACUUGCACACAGCUGCAAGCAAAACCCGUGAAGGCACACAUGGGGAAGAAAGAAAAUUCUAUUAAAUAAAUGUUAAAGUAACAGAUAUUCACGUUUCUCCAAUAACCUAGAGGUCCCUAGCAACGGCGCCAAAAACUUAACACGCUACGACACAACACCAAAUUACGACCAAGUAUAAUCACAGAGUGGAAAUGCAUAAUAGUGGCUCAGGUUAAUGAUGACUCGAUAUUUGCACAUGUUUUCCCCUUUGUUUCUUGAUCGUUUAAGCUUUAAUUAUUGCUUCUUUGGCCUAUUUUACACUAUUUUGUGUUCCUUUGUCAUAUUUUAGGUCCUAGCGCAUAAAGUGAAGCAUAGGCGCAAGUUUUAAGUCAAUCGGAGAUCAAUUGGCGAUUCGGGGGACGAAACUCGAGCAUGACCUGAAGAAGAAUGGAUUUAUAACUCAAUUUGUGACCAUAGGAUCAUGUAAUCUUGUCAUGAUAAGAAAUAGGACGAGACUAUGAGCGUCUGGGAUCAAACGGCACCUGAUUUUGAGUCCGAACAAGGGAGAAACGAAGAAUCAAAGAUAGGGGACCUGGAACUGCAAAAUACCCGACCGGGUAUUUUGACCAUCUGAUAGGGUAUUUUUGGCAGCAUCAGAAGGCCCCCCGGUCGUGAACCAAAAAUACCAACCGGGUACCCAAAAUACCCGAUGGGUUAUUUUCCCUUUUGCCGUGAAAAGUGACCUAGAGCAUUUUGUUGAUACCCGACCGAGUUUCGCGAACGCAUGCUGUUAAAAGCCUGUUUUGUGCGUUUUUGGAGGGGGGGAGCUAGGCUUUGGAUUCCAAACACCCAAGGGACGAACCAAAGAGAGAGAGGGAGAUUUGAGGGCAAUCUUGGAGUGGAAUUGGAUGAUUUCUUCGCCUUGGAAGCUCGAGGAACAAGCCCGGACUUGAAGACUGAUCAUCUGAAGGUUCUUACUGCAGUUUCUCUCUUCUCUAUGGAGUAACUUCCCUUCACUUAGGUUUGAGGAACCCUAACCAUGUUUUUUUGAUUGGAUGAUUGUAUGAGUACUCUUGCUUGAUAUCUUGAGUUCAUAUUCAAUCUAUGCAUGUUUUCAUGAUUCAAUUCUACUUUAGUCGAGAUUAUUGAUUCUACUUUGAUCCUAUGAGAGCGAAUACCUUGUUAGGUCAAUAGAGCACCAUAGAUUGAUAGUAUUAGAUUGAUUUCUUUAGUCGAGGGUUGAUUCAAUUCUUUGUAUCGAUUGAGAACCUCAUUCGAUAGAGGGAGUCUAGUUCAGAACGCCUUGAUCGGUUGUUCUAGAGAAGGAUACGUCCCUCUAGGCAAGUGACUCAAGAGGGACUUGUUUCUUUAGUCGAGACUCAAGGUCUAGUUAAGGAUUCUCCACAUUGUGAAUGAAAGUGAAACAGGUUAGAUAUCAUCAAUCAUUAAUCUGGCUAGUGGCUAGGGGGAAUCAUACCUAAGUGAGUUCCCAACCUGUAAUUAGAUUAACUUUAGUUUUAGUUUGCUAGAGUAGUUUUAGUUGUUCUAUCUUAAUCUGGUUUGCUAUAUAAUGAACUUAACCUGAGUAA